AAAGUAGAGAGAGAAAGUGUAGAGAGAGAGAGAAGAGAGAGAGAGAGAGAGGGUGUGGGUGAGGUCGGUGGUUGAAGAGGGUUGAAGAGAGGGAGAGAGAUGGGGGAGAGGCUCACGGGGAAGGUCAAGUGGUUCAGCGACCAGAAGGGGUUCGGCUUCAUCACCCCAGACGACGGCGGGGACGACCUCUUCGUCCACCAGUCCUCCAUCCGCUCCGAGGGCUUCCGCAGCCUCGGCGACGGCGAGUCCGUCGAGUUCCAGGUCGAGUCCGAGGGGGGCCGCACCAAGGCCGUCGACGUCACCGGCCCCGACGGUGCCCCCGUCCAGGGCAGCACCCGCGGCGGCGGCGGUAGGGGCGGUCGCGGCGGCGGCGGCGGGUACGACGGGGGCGGGUACGGCGGCGGGGGCGGAGGGUACGGCAGCAGGGGCGGGCGAGGCGGCGGAGGGUACGGAGGAGGAGGAGGCGGAUACGGGGGCGGCGGAGGAGGAGGAGGAGGAGGCGGUUGCUACAGCUGCGGGGAGACUGGGCACCUGGCGAGGGACUGCUACCAGGGCGGCGGGGGCGGCGGCGGACGGUACGGAGGAUCCGGCCGCGGUGGCGGCGGCGGCGGCGGAGGCGGAGGAGGAGGGAACUGCUUCAAGUGCGGAGAGCCAGGGCAUUUCGCGAGGGAGUGUCUUCAGACCGGUGAAUAGGAGCGCGUGAACGAUCUUCCCCCGAGUCUGACUCUCUCCCCCGCUUUUUUACGUUUCUACCCCUCCGGUUGGUUGUGUGUGCGCGUGACUUUUGCUGCUAGGGUUUUCGCGUUUUAGGAAUCUUCAUGCUUUUCUCGUGGCAAUCAUCUUUUUCUUUUAAUCCCCCUUUUUUUUUUAUUUUCUUGUUUUUCUUUUGGGUUAAAUGCUGUUGGGUGUGAUGCAAUGAUGUUGAUCUGUGUAGGGUAGUAGGACUCGAGAAUGGUGUAGCUAGCUCCCUUUUUAAUGCGCCAUCUAAUUUGACAA